CUGAAGCCAUCAUUAGCCAUAAUGUUCUCUGUGAUGCACAAGUCUGUAUCUGAGUACUCCAAGAGGAUGUUGGCGGAGCUCCGCAGACAUAACUACGUCACUCCAACCAACUAUCUGGAACUGGUGUCUGGAUACAAGAAACUGCUGUUUGACAAGAAGAACGAGUUAGGAAGAGCAGCUGACAAACUGAGGAACGGUCUGAGUAAGAUAGACGACACGAGACAGAAAGUGGAGAAGAUGUCGAUCGAGCUGGAGGACGCGAAGACGAAGGUGGCCCAGUUCCAGAAGCAGUGUGACGAGUACCUGGUGAUCAUUGUACAGCAGAAACGAGAGGCCGACGAACAACAGAAGUCUGUGGCUCAGAAAGGUUAAAGGAUUGCAGAGGAAGAGACCAAGUGUCAACACAUGGCCGAUCUGGCUCAGCACGAUCUGGAUGAAGCCCUGCCCGCUCUACAGGAAGCCAUCGCUGCUCUUGAGUCAUUGAACAAGAAGGACAUGACAGAGAUUAAGUCGUACGGACGUCCGCCCUUGCUGGUAGAGAAGGCGAUGGAGGCCGUGAUGAUUCUGAGGGGCAGCGAGCCGACCUGGGCUGAGGCCAAGAGACAGCUCGGAGAGUCUACCUUCAUCAAGCAGUUGAUGAACUUUGACAAGGACAACAUUUCAGACCGUGUGCUGAAGAAGAUCGGGAGUUACUGCUCCCAGUCAGACUUCCAACCGGACAUCAUUGGGCGCGUGUCUGGGGCGGCUAAGUCACUGUGUAUGUGGGUCAGGGCCAUGGAGGUGUAUGGACGCGUUUACAGAGUAGUGGAGCCCAAGAAACAGAGACUGAACGCCGCCAUGUCACAGCUCAAGGAGAAACAGGACGCACUGGCUGACGCUAAAGCCAAGCUCGCUGAGGUUGAAGCCAAGAUGGCUGAGUUGAAGCAGCAGUAUGACGAGAAGCUCGCUCAGAAGGAGGAGCUCAAGAGGAAGGCCGAGUACACUGAGCUCAUGUUGGAGCGAGCAACCAAACUCAUGUCUGGACUCGCCGGCGAGAAGGAGCGCUGGCAAGAGACUGUCAAGGAUCUGGAGGAGAGAAUGGGCUACCUCUCUGGAGACUGCCUAAUGGCCGCUGCCUUCAUGUCCUACAUGGGGCCCUUCUUGUCCAACUACAGAGACGAACUGGUCCAGAAAAAGUGGAUUGAGGAGGUUUGUAAGCUGGGAAUUCCCUGUGCACCAAACUUCAAUUUCUGUGAGUUCAUGGCCAAGCCGACCCAGGUCAGGGACUGGAACAUCCAGGGGUUGCCUAGCGAUGCCUUCUCCACGGAGAAUGGAGUCAUCGUGACCUCAUCUAAUCGGUGGCCCCUGAUGGUGGACCCUCAAAGUCAGGCCAUCAAGUGGAUCAAGAACAUGGAGGCCUCACGAGGCCUCAAAGUGAUAGACUUGCAGCAGUCAGAUUACAUGAGGACUCUGGAGUCCGCCAUCCAGUUUGGUCUGCCAGUCGUCUUGCAGAAUGUACAGGAAAAGCUGGAUCCUUCCCUGGAUCCAGUGCUGAACAAGUCUCUGAUGAGAAUAGGUGGAGCUUACAUGAUAAAGCUGGGAGACAAAGAGAUUGAGUACAACCCAGAGUUCCGAUUCUACAUCACCACUAAGCUGAGUAACCCCCACUACACGCCCGAGAUCUCCACCAAGUCCACCAUUGUCAACUUUGCUGUCAAAUAGCAAGGUCUGGAGGCCCAACUGUUGGGAAUCGUGGUCAGGAAGGAACGUCCGGAUCUGGAGGAACAGAAGGACAGCCUGGUCCGGAGCAUCGCGGCUGGGAAAAAGAAACUUGUCGAGUUAGAGGACGAGAUUCUCAGGCUGCUGAAUGAGACCAAGGGCUCACUGCUGGACGAUGAACAGCUGGUCAACACACUGCAGACGUCCAAGAUUACCUCACAGGAAGUGACGGAGCAGCUACAGAUCUCUGAGACAACCGAGGUCAAGAUUGACGCCUCCAGAGAGGGCUACAGACCGUCUGCUCAGAGAGCCUCCAUCUUGUUUUUUGUCCUGAAUGACAUGGGCCGCAUAGAUCCCAUGUACCAGUUCUCUCUGGAUGCCUACAUAGAACUGUUCAUCAUGUCCAUUGAAAAGAGUCAGAGGAGUUCCAAACUGGAGGAGAGAAUUCAGAACCUGAAUGAGUACCACACCUAUGCUGUUUACAGGUACACCUGUCGCGGUCUGUUUGAGCGGCACAAGCUGCUCUUCUCCUUCCAAAUGUGCGCCAAGAUCCUGGAGGCAGCCAGCAAAAUCAACAUGGACGAGUACAACUUCUUCCUGUGUGGAGGAGUGGUACUGGACUGUGAGAACCAGAUGGACAACCCGUGCUCGGGAUGGCUGGGAGACGUGGCCUGGGACAACAUCACAGAGCUGGAGAAGCUGACCAACUUCCACGGCAUCAUCACCUCCUUCGAGCAGUACCCCCGUGACUGGAACAUCUGGUACACUGCGGCCCAGCCAGAGACCGCCCCCCUACCAGGUGAAUGGGACAAUGCGUGUAAUGAGCUACAGAGGAUGUUACUGGUCCGUUCCCUGCGUCCUGACCGAGUCUCCUUCUGUGCCACCUCCUUCAUCAUCAACAACCUGGGGUCAAAGUUCACGGAGCCACCUGUCCUUGACAUGCAGCAGGUGGUGGUGGAGGACUCAACAACCAGGACCCCCCUCAUAUUUGUCCUGUCCCCAGGAGUGGACCCCACAAGUUCCCUGAUCUAGCUGUCUGAGUCCAGUGGGAUGGCCCAGAGGUUCUAUUCCCUUUCCCUGGGGCAAGGACAGGCUCCCAUAGCAACCAGGAUGAUCAAACAGGGAGUGAGAGAGGGUAACUGGGUGUUCCUGGCCAACUGUCAUCUGUCGCUGAGUUGGAUGCCCCAGCUGGACAAGUUGGUGGAGCAGCUACAGGUGGAGGACCCCCACCUAGAGUUCCGCCUGUGGCUCAGUAGCAGCCCCCACCCUGACUUCCCCAUCUCCAUCCUACAGACCGGCAUCAAGAUGACCACAGAACCACCAAAGGGACUGAAGGCCAACAUGAAGCGUUUGUACAACUCGAUCACGGAGCCUCAGUUCCAGCACUGCACUAAACAAGACAAGUACAAGAAGCUGCUCUUCUCGCUCUGCUUCUUCCACUCUGUGCUGCUCGAGCGACGCAAGUUCCUGAUGCUUGGAUGGAACAUCGCCUACGAGUUCAACGAUUCAGACUUUGAGGUAUCGGAGAGCAUUCUGAGUAUUUACCUGGACGAGUAUGAGGAAACCCCAUGGGAGGCCCUGAAAUACCUGAUCGCUGGAAUCAGCUACGGCGGCCACGUCACAUAUGACUGGGAUCGGCGACUGUUGAUGACUUACGUCUCCGAUUUGUUCCAAGACCAGGUCCUCAGUGUACCUUUCUACAAAGUGUCCUCUGUGCCAACGUACUACGUGCCCAAGGACGGCCCCCUGUCCUCCUACAAGGAGUAUGUCAGCAUGCUGCCCAAUGUGGACCCCCCAGAGGCGUUCGGUCAGCACCCCAAUGCGGACAUCCAGUCCCAGAUCCAGGAGACCAGGAUGUUGUUCAACACGCUGCUGUCCCUACAGCCCCAGAUCUCUGCUGCCAGCGGGGGUGAGAGUCGCGAGGACAAGGUCCUAGAUCUAGCAGCCAACAUCUUCAAACAGAUCCCAGAGAACAUCAACUACGACAACACGGCUAAAAUCCUGUCUGUCGAUCCGUCACCAUUGAAUGUGGUGCUGCUUCAAGAGAUACAGCGGUACAAUGCCCUGAUGGAGGAGAUUCGUCGCUCGCUGACCGACCUGGAGAAAGGUAUCCAGGGUCUGGUGGUGAUGACUGUGGAACUGGAGAACAUAUUCCAGUGUAUCUUUGAUGGCAAUGUCCCCCCGUCCUGGUUAAGGGCGUACUCCUGACUGAAGCCCCUGGCCGCCUGGACCAGAGACCUGGUACAGAGAGUGGAGCAGUUUGAGAAGUGGGCCCUGACCGCCCACCCCCCAACCAUCUUCUGGAUGUCUGGGUUCACGUUCCCCACGGGAUUCCUGACCGCUGUCCUUCAAACCUCUGCUCGUAUGAACAGCGUAUCCGUGGACUCGUUGUCGUGGGAAUUCAGUGUGAUGACGGUAGAUGACUCCAACAUUACCGGACCACCCAAGGACGGUGUGUACAUCAAAGGCCUGUUCCUGCAGGGAGCAGGUUGGGAGAAGAAGAACUCUAUCUUGGUGGAGGCUAACCCCAUGCAGCUGGUGUGUCUGAUGCCCACCAUCCACUUCAAGCCCGUUGAAAACAAGAAGAAAGUUGCUAAAAGAAUGUACAUGGCCCCCUGCUACUACUACCCCAACCGUGCGGGAGGCAUGGGCAGACCCUCCUUUGUGGUGGCCGUGGAGCUGAAGGCGGGAGAGAAAUCACCGGACCACUGGGUCAAGAGGGGAACCGCUCUGCUGAUGAGUCUGGACUAUUAACUCUGACAAUAACAUCUCCCUGUUAUGAAAUGGAGAGAUCUUCCUUUCUGUGAAAUAUGUCUUAAUAUGUGGAUAAAAUAAAUCUGUGAAUAUUGAAUCCCUGAAGACUACCUACUUCUGUGAUCUCUAACUAUCUGUGUGUAAAAAUUCAUCUCUAAGUGAUUCUGUGUAUAUACAUGUAUAACCCAUGUAAUGAGAUUUCUGUGAUGUCAAAGAUAGUUUAGAAGAAUCAAAAUACGAAUAUAAUACUAUAUUGUCCAGACAAGAAUCGUGUGUGACUUUUGAUAGAUCUGUGAAUUGAAUUGUACACCACACACACUCAGCUGAGAAACCAGUGCUCUUAUUUUCGUGAUAUCAAUUAUAAUGACAAAUGAUUGUGGAAAUACUUCUAUAAUUAUUUAUAUUGGUUUUCUGCGAGUUUGCUGUACACCACACACAGCUGACAAAGCAGUGCAUGCUCUUAUUUUUGGGAUAU